AUGCCUAUCGGUUUAACGUUAGUACUGCCAGGCACCUUUGAUCUCUCUCUUUGGAGAACGACUGACUACACAAUUCCUUUCGGAGUCUCGGUUUCCGCAAUCCGAGUCUGUGGAAAUGCUUCUCUUCGAGCAUUUAUCGGAAGAGCCCAGGAGGGUCCCGGCGAGGCAGAGCAUGAGUUGCUGUCUUGUGUUUCGGAGACUACGGCCGAAUUGUUUAACAAUGGUGGCAUUUCCCGAGUUUUUGGACGCCCUCGGCUUCUAGAGGUAGUGGUGUGGAAGGACAAAGAUCCUGUAACCAAAGAAGACUGCUGGAAGACAGGGACUUUGCGUGAUGCUCUUCUACAACGUGCAUGGACCACAAAAGAUGAAGGGUUGAAGCUCCUCGAAAAGGACUACCCGUUACCGGAACUUGAAAUACCAAAUCUGUCUCUAAAUAAGGGUAUUGCAAGGAGGAGCCAGGGUUGGUUCUAUUGUGCUGCGGCCGUAGGGCUUGUGCUGCAGAUAGAACGUCGGAGACCAAGUGUUUGA